UUAACUUAUAUACUUAUUACUAGGGAAUCACCGCGUUACGUAUCGCCGUCUGGUGUCCCUAUCCUCAAGGCAAUGGUACUGCGUUACGUAUCGCCGUCCAGUCCAUGCCCGGUCAACUACUGCGUUACGUAUCGCCGUCCAGUAGUGACCCGACCAUCUACCGCGUCCAGUAGUGGCCCAACCGCCCGGGGGUUCAUCUUACCAACAACCAUACACAUUCACAUACAUAGCACAACGUGUGCCUCCACCCUUAUAGGCGGUGGGAUGCCUCACACACAUAAUCGCGCACACUAGAAAAAUUAAAUAACAUAACCGAAUUAAAAAGGCAUAAACUAAAAGACCUCGACGGAGAUUUUACCCCCUUUACACUCACCUUGAAAUAACCACGUAAUAGUACAACUCAAUGUACACGCUAUGCAAUCGCCCCGUACGACCAUGCAACCACGUCCAUGGAAUUACUAGUCUCUGCUAGCUGAUUAACGGACCAAAUGAGUUUCAUAAGUCACAAGAAUUGCAAUAAGAAAAAUCUCUCUUCGUAAGUUCCAACUCUUCAUCCCUUUAAUUAAUUCUAUUCUCGUACCAAUUAUAAAGCCUCACAUUGCCAUGACUAAAACCAACUUUGAUCUCCUCAACUCAAACCACCACAUAACACUCUGUGCAUUUCCAUGCACGUAUGGUAGCUAAAGGUUGAUAAUAAUUAAAACAACCUAGCCCAGCGCAAGCUCCCACAUCAUUCUCCAUCUCCCAUCAUAUAUUAUAACUAACAUGGACGAGUAAUGAAUCGUUACCUCCAGUACGAGCUUUUGUUGGCGAGUCAUAUAAUCCAUGAUGCCGUAACGUGACUUCAGCCGCAAUCGCAUUCGGUCGGGAGAAUUGUAGGCGCCUCGCCAAGCUAAGUCUCCCCGUAGCUUCCAUGCCUAAUCGUCAUGCUUCUUCCACAACGAUGUCGAGCUUGCUCACAACAUCGAAUAAAGACCGACGAAGGUAUCCAAACCCUUCUCAAUCCCUGCGGGUGCAUGCCCACAACAUCUCGCUAACUCCUCCUCAAGUAAUUCAUCCUAAUCUUCCGACAGGGGUCUGGCCAACGUCUUACCAUCAUCAUGGAUCCAAUCAUGUCGUUGUUUCCUCUGAAAUUCUCAGCUGUUGGAGCUUGCUUCUGAAACCGCCGCCUGCCGUUACGGUUCUUCAAUUGUAAUUGUCUUUUAUCGUCCUUUCAUGAUCCGUUUGGGCGUAUACCACCGACUAGCUCUGCAACCCGGUGACUUCCUUACCAUUCCUCUUCUUUCCAUAUCGAUCGUCGAGUCCCACCGUAGACUAGGUCUCUCGUCUCCAUCAUAAACGUUUCCAUUAUUGUCCUCAAUCGAUUCGGGCGCCCUGAACGUCCUUCACUGCCAUCUCCAUUAACUACUCAACCGCACGUCCUAAUCUCAUUGGGUUUUUUUGCUAUGGUGGCGGCGGCGAUCGCGCGAGGAAAGGGAUGGGUGGCUGCCGCGCUGGUCAUCGUCGGUGCUGGCUGCUACUUCCACCGACGGGUCGAUGGCAAAGGGAGGAAGCGGCGAGAUCAGAAAUCCUUUCUUUUUCUUCUUCUUCUUUCUUUUUGUCUUCUGCUUUGCUCUGAUGCUCCCAUUGAAUAGAAGGGGAAUGGGGAAUAAUGGGGAGUUUAAUGGGUGGGGUUUUUUUUUCUUACGUUGGGGUGUCUAGGUGUAACGGGUUGGAAGGGUGAACCAGAGAGAGAGGGAGGGAGUUUAAUGGUUGGGAUAAAUACCUUUCUCUUUUUUUUUUUUUACAAUAAUAAUAUAAUAGUUAAUAUUAUUAUUCACCCUAACCCAUGGUUCUCAUCCUUCGUACGUAAUCGACAAUCCAACCGUUCGGUCGAACCUGAACCCAAAUAUCGGGGUGUAACAUGUACCAUCUUUUGCACAUGUUGCAAUUAUCAGGGAAAUGGUCAUAUUCACUGCCUGAUAACGAGGGAAAUUAUAGGUUCAAUUUUCCCGUUGUAGCACCCUUUGAGUCUUUGUAAGUGUGACUGUCGGCUCUUGGAUCGAAAUGAUUAAUUGGUUCAAUGUUGUUGCCUCUUUUGUUAGCUGGUUCUUGCAUUCAUGAUUAGGAUGUAAAGCUGUAAGUCUAUAUGAAGCUGUAAAUUUAUAAAUACUUAGAACUAAUACUGAGUUAUAUGGACUGGUCGCUGCGAAUGGGUAGGAUGUAAAGCUGUAAAUCUAUAUGUUGCUUGGAGGCGAGAAUUGUGUUAGAUCUCUGUUUUCAUUGCCUCAAGGUUUGGUGUACGUCUAACAGUUGCACAAGUAUGGUUUUGUAUAGUUAUUUUCUUCCACAGGCGGGGAAUAGGGGAGAAUUAGGAAUUGUUGCAUUUGAGUAACAUUGAACCUCUAAUUGUUCUUAUGAUUUAAUGAUUUAAUUUAUCCGUUUGAGGUACAACUCCAGCAGCUCCAGUGUGGAAGGUUACGAUGAUGAGAAGGCUGUUGUCGAUAGUGAGGUUUUCCUUCCCUCUGCUCUUCUCUCCAUUCACCUAGCUCAAUGUGACGAGCAUUAUGUUUUACUUUUACUUCCCUUUCUUUCCUUUUUUGUUAAUUAUAUUGUUAGGUCCAUAUUGAGAUUAUGAGUUUGUUGCUUUUGUUCACGGUCGUCCAUGGCAUCAGGUAGCCAUAUGCAACACCAUAAUAGAGAUGCUACUAAUGCAAGUAGCAAAACUCCUCCUUCCAACAGAAACCGUGUGUCCAACAACAAAUCGUCGGAGGAGGGGCCGAUGCUCGAGGAUGGCCUAUCUAGGUGAGUUUCGUCUCUCAAAAUCUUCUACCUAUCCAUGGUUCGGUUGGUCUGUAACAGACUAAGCUACCAGAAUCUAAUAUGUUUGUCCUGUUUUUUAGCCUCAGGGAGAGCCAGUUACAAUUAUGCAAUUUUGGUUCUGUGAAUAUAUAUAUAUGGGAGUUGAGCAAGUUUUAUGCAGAAUGGUUGAUCGACCUGAUCAAUUUCUUGCAUACCAUCUUGAAUUUAAUAGCUUAUACUGUGAUUGGUGUUUCUGGUCAGUGUUCGUUCACAUUUGGGAUCUUUAUUGUGGGAGAACCUUAGAAGUCUUUUAUGGUCGAUUAUUUGAACAGUAUGUAGUUGUAAUUCUCAGUGUUAGUACACAUAUAUAGAGUGCAAGCUGCUGCUCCAUUUCUGUAAACAUGUGUCGGUUUAUGACUUUUGACAACUAUGUCGUUCAUUUCUCCUAUCUUAUUACUUGGAGUUUCUAUUUCAUUAGUUCUAAUUAUGUGGUUUCUAUUAGGAUUAGUAAUGCGUGUGGAGUGAGCAAAAAAGAAGACCAUAAACACAGGUUUCGUAACUGCAAGGAAGGGUUUCUAGGUUCUCUUCUUUGAAUCUUCUAUAUUCAUGUUGUGUUGUCUAUCAUUCCUCCUAAUAUUUCCGGUCGUAGGACCUAUCAAGAUUUCACAGUCAGAGAAACAAGCAGCCAGAAGGGAGGCCUAGAAUGUGAUCAAGAACCUAAACGCUGCAAGAAAGGAAGUCACCAGCUUAAUCGGGAUAGGUGACAGAAAAGGAUGUUGAGGCCAUGUUCAACGACAAGGAUUGGUCUGUGUUGAAUGCUUUUCAUACCUUACAAUUAGAGGUUGGAUUUGUGUUAUUUUAUAUUUCACUUUUUCCUCGGGAUGGAUAAGUUUUUCUUAUGAAUUGAACUUCAGCCCAUACAUCACCUUAGGUUUCUUGUGUUCAUUUACUUUGCCCACACAUGGACUGAAAUCGAAAUUAACAGUUUAGCAACUUCCGCCUUUAAAAAUUCCAAGUAUUUUAGAUAUCACUUCACCUCCAACUUCACACCAGGCCCCUUAUUAGCACCUUAAAAACAAACUGAGCUGUUCCAUGCACAAUGGUGGAUUUUGCCUUUCUACGAUCUAAUGCUAUACUGAAUUCUCCAUAAUGUUAUGUACGCUGUCUAUUUAAGAUCGUGAGAUGUUAAUUUUGCAACCCGACGCGCAGCGCGGGCUUUCCGAUCUAGUCAUUAAUCAAAGUGAAAGCAACCUCUUCUUCUUCUUCGUGUACAGGUAGGUCACGGCUCACGGGAUUGCCAUGACCGAACAAGAGAAUCAUAUCCUCGUGUAUUUAAUAUAAUUGCAGAUAAAUGUCUUUAAUCAGU